AUGAAAAGCUGUCUCAAGCUCCCGCGUCCUUCUCCGUCAGCCUCGCCUGCUUCUACGAGCCCGAGCUCAAGCCCGAGCCCCCUCACCGCGAGCCUCCCGUCGCUCGCCGACCGACGCAAGUCCGUCACCUUCCUCCCCGCCAGCCCCUGCGAAGACGGCGGCAGCGACGGGGACGACAACGACGACGACCGGUUGCGCGUAAAAGAGGAGGUCUUCUACGUGGACGAGUGGGAUCGCUCCCCCGCGGAGACGACGCGCAAGCUGAACUACAAGGACGUGCUGGAGCUCAUGGAGCUCCGCCUCGCGCUCCCGCGGAUCGGCGUCGGCAGGCGGCGGAGCGGCUCCCUCGAAUCGGACUGA